AUGGCUAUUCAAGUGCAGUGCUAUUCGAAAAAUCUUGAAGGACCUCAAGAUUUGGUGAUGGACAAUACUUGUGGAUUGAAUCAGUUAUAUUUCGACCCUCAACAACAGUUUGAUCAGAAUUUUUUGGUUCCAAGAAACGACAUCAACCAUCAUCAAACGAUGGAUUUUUCUCAUAGUCUUGGCCCCCAUAUUGAGAAAGAGAGAGUUGAGAUUGAUCGGUUCAUCUGUUUACAGAAUGAGAAGUUGAGAUUGGCUUUGCACCAACAACGAAAGCAACAAAUCGCAUCAUUUAUCAAGAAAUACGAACCCAAGAUUCAGCUUUUACUCAAACAAAAGGAUGAAGAAAUAUCAAAAGCCGUAAAUAGAAAAAGGGAGCUUGAAGAUUUCUUGAGAAAAAUGGAGAUUGAGAACCAGUCGUGGCAUGGGAUGGCUAAAGAAAACGAAGCAGCGAUCCUAUCUUUGAACAACGCAAUACAACGACUCAAAGAAAGUGCUUGUUUAUCAGCCAAUGAAAUUGAAGUUGCAGAAUCGUUCUGUAAUGUGAUCGAUCACAACAAUGGUGAAGAAGAACAAAGAACGAGAACAAUGAUUUGCAGAAGCUGCAAUAUUCGGAAUUCGUGCAUAAUUAUACUGCCCUGCAGGCAUCUCUGCUCUUGCAAAGAUUGUGAAGUUUUUCUUGAUUCAUGUCCAGUUUGUAAAAUGGUAAAGAAAGCUAGCAUAGAGGCCUUAAUUUGA